AUGGAUCCCUCCAAGUUGGCUAAGUUGCAAGCUGGUGCUCGUAUUGGUGGUAAGGGUACCCCUCGUCGUAAGGCCAAAAAGCCUGCCAAGUCUUCCGCCAGCGCUGGCGACGACAAGAAGGUGCAAGGUGCUUUGCAAAAAUUGAACAUGCAAACUCUCCCUGGUAUCCAAGAAGUCAAUAUGUUCAAGGAAGAUGGUGGUGUCAUCAACUUCCGUUCUCCUGCCGUUCAAGCUUCUCUUCCCAACGAAACUGUCGCUGUUUAUGGUAGACCCGAAGAGAAGUCUUUGACCGACAUUCUCCCUGGUAUCUUGAACAACCUCGGUCCCGAGUCUCUUACUGCUCUUCGCCAAAUGGCAGAGCAACUCAAGGUUAGCGACGGCAACGAAAAGGGUACUGCCGGUGAAUCUGGCGACAACGCUGACAUUCCCGACCUUGUUGAAAAAUUUGACGAACAAGACUAA